AUGACUGAAAAUAAACUGCUACUAAAAAGAUCAUCCAUCAAUGUACCAUAUGGCUUUAUCAUACGACAUCUUUCAUCUUAUCCGCUUAUGGAUAGUUCAAAUGAAGGAAUGAAAUGUAAACAGAAGCCAUUCUAUACCUUAGUAAUUCUAAAAGUUAAACCAUCAAGUGCAGCAGAUAAAGCAGGUCUUCAAGCUGGUCAUCAAAUUAUCAAAAUGAAUGGACAAAAUGUCAACCAUUUAACUUACAGCGAUAUUUGUAGAAUUACAGAAAGGUUAUUCGAAAGUGUACAUUUAUUGAAAUAUUCUUUUAAAAAAUAG